CUAGAAGGCGCGAGGGGAGGCGCUGUUCCCGCCGCACACAGUUGGGUCCGCGGCAGGCGACACCGCCCGGGCUGCCCCGCGCCGGGGACCGGGACGGGGACCGUCGGCCCGGGUGUCCGCUCCGCCCACCGAGUCGGAUGGCGGCAGCCUCGCCCAGGGACCCGGCUGAGGGUAUUGUGACCUUUGAGGACAUUGCCGUGUCCUUCUCCUGGGAGGAAUGGGAUCUUCUUGAUGAGGCUCAGAGACACCUGUACCAGGAUGUGAUGCUGGAGAACUUGGCGCUUAUAACCUCCCUGGGUUGUUGGCAUGGAGCAGAGGAUGAGGAGGCACGUUCUGAGCAGAGCAUUUCUGUAGAAAGAGUGUCACAGGUCAGGACUCCCAAGACAGGUCUUUUUCCCCAGAAGGCCAACCCCUGCGAGGUGUGUGGUCUGGUCUUGAAAGACAAUUUUCACGCAGCUGAACACCAGGAAACACAAUUCAGUGAGAAACUGUACACUGGUGGGACACAUGGGGAAAGAUUUUAUUUCGGUGAAAACCUUCAGCAGCAGCUCAAGCAGCACAUGAGCGAAAAGCCCUUCAGAAACCACACAAGCAGAGCUUCAGUGGUCAAGAACUGCAGCUUGCAGGUGUCAGGGAAGCCCUUUAUCUGCGGGGAGAUUGGGAAGGACUUCUUGGCCACCUCAGUAACCCUCCAGCAACAGGCCACACAUACUGGAGAGAAGUCAAACAAUGGAACUGAAUAUGGGGCGGCCUUCCACAUGGGAAAAACUCAGCACCGCUGGGGAGACAGCACAGAAGCUUUCAGCCAAAAGCAUACAUUCGUUCAACACCAGAGGGUUCACCCUCGAAAAAGAUGUUACAUGUGCAGUGAAUGUGGGAAAUCUUUUAGCCAUAACUCUAGCCUUAUUAAACACCAGAGAGUUCACACAGGAGAAAGACCUUAUGAGUGUGGGGAAUGUGGGAAAUCCUUUAGCCAGAGCUCCAACCUCUUUCAGCAUCGGAGAGUUCAUACUGGAGAAAGGCCUUAUGAGUGCAGUGAAUGUGGGAAAUCUUUCAGCCAAAGCUACAGCCUCAAUAACCAUCGGAAGGUUCACACUGGAGAAAGGCCAUUUGAGUGUGGAGAAUGUGGCAAAUCCUUCAGCCAAAGAUCCAACCUCAUUCAACAUCAGAGAAUUCACACUGGAGAAAAGCCCUAUGAAUGCAGUGAAUGUGGGAAGUCCUUUAAUCAAAGCUCUGCGCUCCUGCAGCACCAUACCGUUCAUACUGGAGAACGGCCCUAUGAGUGCAGUGAAUGUGGGAAAUCCUUUACCUACAAUUCCAGUCUUUUAAAACACCAGAAAGUCCACACGGGAUCAAAGCCUUAUGAGUGCAGUGAAUGUAGGAAAUCUUUUAGCCAGAAUUGCAGUCUUGUUCUCCAUCUGAGAGUUCACACUGGAGAAAGGCCUUAUGAGUGCAGCAAAUGUGGAAAGUCUUUUAGCCAAAGCUCUGCACUCCUUAAGCACCAGAGAGUUCACACUGGAGAAAGGCCAUAUGAGUGCAGUGAGUGUGGGAAGUCCUUUAGGCAAAGCUCCAACUUCAGUGACCAUCGGAGAGUUCACACUGGAGAAAGGCCGUAUAAGUGUAACCAAUGUGGGAAAUCCUUCAGUAAGAGCUCUGGCCUCACUCGACACCAGAGAGUUCAUAGUGGAUUGGGCAUUGUAAAUAUGAAUGAGAAAGCCAUUAGCCGAAGCCCUUACCUCAUUGAUUACCACACAGUUCACAUGGGAAGUACAACUUAGAUAUGUAGCAAAUGUAUUUCCUUGUUCAGUAUAACAACAUCGAGGAGAUCUCUUUUGAGGGUACCAUCUGCCUGAAUUGAGCCUCAUACAUCCAGACAUCAAAAUAAAUUCCAGGUAUGUAGAACUGUGUUGCAUGUUUCAGCUCAGGCCCAUGUGAGUUUUUAUUACGUUGAUUCUGUAGCAGCAGCCAUUCACCUCUUCCCUGCGGGUGCCCGCAUUUGUGUCACUUAGCCACAGUGACGUGUUCAGCAAAGUAAGCCUUAGUGUUUUCCCAUUCCCUGGGUAAAUGUGAAAAGCCAGGGGACUCAUUCUUUUCUCUCUGAUUAGUUAGGGCAUGGAUGACUCCGUUGUGUUCCAGAGGACUCCAUCUUAGUUCUGCUGGUGGCCUGAAAAGUCAGCUUUUUUAGGGAUAUUAUUGGUCUGAUGACUCUUGUGAUGAAAUUUGCAGCCUCCAGCUCACCAGCCAAGGAACAACCUUCCUCUGUAUUCUGGUUUAUGUUAUAACAAAGGCCUUGUUGUGUAAGUCACCUUUAUCUUAAGGAUUAGAUUCACUUCAUGAGGUGGUUUCAGAAUGACAGGAGAAACAGGUGCUAUGGGAGCCCCAAUCUUUGUUUGCAUCAAGGGGAUGGAAGGAUGGUAAUUUUCUCUCUAAUUUGGCUCUUGUUUGCUUUGUUGCCCAAGGCUUCUAAGAAGAUUCUAUAAAGUGUUGUGGUUAGAUUGUAGCCUGGAUGCAGGAUGUUUCGUGGUGUCAGCACUUGUCCUGAAAAGAGGGCAGUUGUAACAACCUCUGAUACUUCUGGAGACAACAUAGAAUUGUUCUCUUGUUUGCAGGGGAUAUUGCAUUGUGCCCAGCACUGGUGCAGGGAAUGUUCCUAGGCCCUGCAAAGGAGUGAUGUACUCUGAUGCCUAGGAUUCUAUGUGGUAGUGUCACUGGCUGAAAGAUGAUAGGGGGAUCAUAACUGUACACAAAUGGUGGAUUAACAGAGAGGCCAAAAGAACACAACAAACUGGUUAGAAUGUGCCUCUUUUAAAGGUUGCCUGCUAUUGUUCGGUCAGUAUGGCUGUGAAGGAUGAGCCAGUACAGAAAUUCUCAGAUCCUUCUGAACUAUAAAUCUUGUGUAGCUGAGGGCCUUAGAAGAAUCAUCUAAUGGGGGGCUUCUGGGGGGCUCAGUUGGUUAAGUGUCCGAUUCUUGGUUUUGACUCAGGUGAGGAUCUCAGGGUUGUAAGAUUAGGCCCUGCGUACAGAUCAAGCCUCAGUGUGGAGCCUGCUUGGGAUCCUCUCCCUUCUCCCUGUGCGUCCCCACACAUCCACAUUCUCUCACUUGCAUGCCCUCUCCCUAGAAAGAAGUCUAACAGUUUUACGGAUUCCUGUAGCUUCUCUGCAAUGUGCACCUAAAGGUCAUUGCAACAAAGGAAGGAAAACAAAGAUAGAAGGAAGGAGGAUCUCGGUCCAGAAGUGCAGGCUUUACGCAGCUUGCUUUCCCGAUGACUCAGGUGGACAUGGCUUUCGUUGCUUUCCUGUAUUUGCUGCCACUGAGACAAGGUGCUGAUCCCAGGGCAUUACAAGGGAUAUGGUGGGGUUUGCCAAACUUUUUUUUGAAAACUUUUUUUAUAUUGUAAUGCCUUUUCAGAAUAGUUAAUAAAUAAUAAAUUGUCCAUGA